AACGCUUUAUUUAUCCGUAGAGUGGGAAAGGGAUCCUCCAUACGGAGAGGCUCGUUGGCACUUCAGCAUCGUCAUCGGGUCCGGCCGAAGCUCCUCGUCAGAUCUGGAUACGGCCUGGAUCCGGCAGGCUGCGGGAAAACCUUGGGAUAAACAAAGACAGUAAUAUUAGCUUAGAUGCCACUCUUCUUAUGAUGUGAGGUCAGGUGACCAUGACGAUGACCUCUGGAGGCUGGAGUGAGGAAACCCCAGGCCUGGACUUCAGCAGUUCCCAAGAAGAGGAGAAAGAGAAGAGCGAUCCAAAGACAUCUGCGCAUCAAGAGCUGAUCAGAACGCAUCUGGAGAAGUGGCAGAAGAACACGGUGACUCCGGCUCACCUGGACGCCUUCGAGAGCUCAGUCACAGACUCGCAGAACACACACGUCACGCUGCAGCAUGUUAAAGUGGCAGCGCUGCGUUUGCUGACGGAGAACGAGGGAUAUCCCGUACCUCACCGCUUACUAACACUCAUGAAGAGCGAAGAGCUGGAUGGGUUUCUUGCCAAUCUCCUGCUCUACUUUUCCUGCUUCUUUGAGAAGACGGCUCUGGAGAAAAGACCGAAGAGAGAAAAUAGCGGCGGCUCAGAACACGCGAAUACCGGCGGCUCAGAACACGUGAAUAGCGGCGGCUCAGAACACGUGAAUAGCGGCGGCUUAGAACACGCGAAUACCGGCGGCUCAGAACACGCGAAUACCGGCGGCUCAGAACACGUGAAUAGCGGCGGCUUAGAACACGCGAAUACCGGCGGGUCAGAACACGUGAAUAGCGGCGGCUCAGAACACGCGAAUACCAACGGCUCAGAACACGCGAAUACCGGCGGGUCAGAACACGCGAAUACCGGCGGGUCAGAACACGUGAAUAGCGGCGGCUCAGAACACGCGAAUACCGACGGCUCAGAACACGCGAAUACCGACGGGUCAGAACACGCAAAUACCGACGGGUCAGAACACGCGAAUACCAACGGGUCAGAACACGCGAAUACCGACGGGUCAGAACACGCGAAUACCGACGGGUCAGAACACGUGAAUACCGGCGGCUCAGAACACGCGAAUACCGACGGGUCAGAACACGCGAAUACCGGCGGGUCAGAACACGCAAAUACCGACGGGUCAGAACACGCGAAUACCGGCGGCUCAGAACACGCGAAUACCGGCGGCUCAGAACACGCGAAUACCGGCGGCUCAGAACACGCGAAUACCGGCGGCUCAGAACACGCGAAUACCGGCGGCUCAGAACACGCGAAUACCGGCGGGUCAGAACACGUGAAUAGCGGCGGCUUAGAACACGCGAAUACCGGCGUCUCAGAACACGCGAAUACCGGCGGCUUAGAACACGCGAAUACCGGCGGGUCAGAACACGUGAAUAGCGGCGGCUUAGAACACGCGAAUACCAACGGCUCAGAACACGUGAAUACCGGCGGCUCAGAACACGCGAAUACCGGCGGGUCAGAACACGCGAAUACCGGCGGCUCAGAACACGCGAAUACCGGCGGCUCAGAACACGCGAAUACCGGCGUCUCAGAACACGCGAAUACCGGCGGGUCAGAACACGCGAAUACCGGCGGCUCAGAACACGCGAAUACCGGCGGGUCAGAACACGUGAAUAGCGGCGGCUCAGAACACGCGAAUACCGGCGGGUCAGAAAACGUGAAUAGCGGCGGCUCAGAACACGCGAAUACCGGCGGGUCAGAACACGCGAAUAGCGGCGGCUCAGAACACGCGAAUACCGGCGGGUCAGAACACGCGAAUACCGGCGGGUCAGAACACGCGAAUACUGACGGGUUAGAAUACAUGAAUGAUGAGAGUUCUGUGAGUAAUAAGAGCAUGUUUGAGGAAACUGAGUUUGUUUGUGUCUCCAGGUUCAAGGUGUCGUCCGCUCACAGUGACAUUCAGCUAGACGAGUGUCUCUACAGCAUUUGCAGCUAUGCUGUAUGGGUGAGCUUCGAGAGGCGGGGCCUGAAGGCCAUCCGGGUGGAGAUUGGCCGCUUGUUUCGCUCCGACAGCUUUAACUCCGCCCUGAACGACCGGUCUGAGGACGCGGAGCCCCGACCAACAGCACUGAACAACAGGAAGUCAGAGCGACGGCCGGCGCGGAGCCAGAUCCUGACCCAGUGUUCCCCCCUGAUGACCGCUCUGCUGCCCACGCCACAGGAGAAGGCCCCGCACCUGUUUAACCUGCCCUCGACUGAACGCUGCGAUUCAGAGACGCUGACGGAUGAGCUCAAACAGCAGCUAAAGUCUCUUGGCUUUGGCAUUCUCGGAAAGCCUUUGAGCCAGUUCAGCUCGAAGACACUGAAGCCCCAGGAAGGCCAGAGUGAAGAGGAGGAAGAUGAGGGUAACGACAGCGAUCUGGUGAACCCUGACCCACACAUCAAGAGUAGGAAAACCUCUGCCACAGGCCACAGAUCACUGACCACAGCUGCGGACAGACACAUCCGCUCUCGGCGAGGUGACCUAGUGUCCAGAGCAACCACUGAAGCAGUGUCGUCCUCAGACACAGAAUAAACACAAAGCUCUGUCCUGAAACUCUAGGUGGUGCAGGCUGAUACCUCCACCCAGACUGCUUGCAAUCACAUCGUUCUCUACAGGACCCAGCUGAUUGGUUCCUGCCAUAUCAGUAGCCAAUGAGCUUGCUGCUCAACAUUCAAGUAGCAGCAAUAACAGCAGAACUAUUCCGAGUCUAUGACGGAUUUCCGUCAAUUGCACGGUUCCCGUCUGUCCUUAUGUCUUAAAUUCACUUUUCAUAAUUUUAAGGCCGUAAAUAGGCUUAUGACUUUAAAAAUUUUUUUAAAAAGUUAAUUAAUUUUAUCUUCCUCAAACUCACACAAUUGUUUCAUUUUGAAAAGAUGUCUACAAAAUAAUCAGUCCACACAGAAACCAUUGUCUCCUUAGUAUUCAUAGGUUUAUAGAGCAAAUGACACCAUGCCACAAUGAGCAUGUUUUCUAUGCUAAGAGUUUCAACCAAGUAUAUUUGAUACACCUGAUGGUGACAUGGACUUCAUUUGAGGAAGGACUGUAUCCUCAUCAUCAAAUAAAACCCUCAAAAUCCA